AUGCAAAAGAGGGACAACCUUCCUUCAGAGACGACCAAGAAAAAGUUAAUAUUGGACCAUAUCUUCCCCCCAUUCAGGUUCAGACAGACCAACCGUAGCACCGUGAGAGACUAUGCUAUCUUCCUUAAUAUUCAGACAUUUCGUGUUCAGAAAUUUGUUAUGGGCCUAUUGUUCAUCCAUCAGUAUAAACCUAUUCAUUCUUCGGGAUUAGUUUCUACAAUGAUUUAUGAAAUUGUGUUUCGUUCUGAUCUGGCCAGUGUUGACCUCACAAAGGAAGAAACAACUGAUUCCCAUGAUUCUAAAAUUAGCCCUCCUGAAAAUGGCCAGCAAGAAGAUGGCAGCAUGUUCUCCCUCAUCACCUGGAAUAUUGAUGGAUUGGAUCUAAACAACCUGCCAGAGAGGAUUCGCGGGGUGUGCUCCUAUUUGGCUUUGUACAGCCCAGACGUGGUAUUUCUUCAAGAAGUAAUUCCUCCGUACUAUAGCUACCUAAGGAAGAGAGCAACCAGUUAUGAAAUUAUUACAGGUAAUGAAGAGGGGUAUUUCACAGCCAUCAUGUUGAAGAAAUCAAGAGUCAAACUAAAGAGCCAAGGGAUUGUCCCUUUUCCGAGCACCAAAAUGAUGAGAAACCUUUUGCGUGUGCACGUGACUGUGUCGGGCAAUGACCUCUGCCUUAUGACUUCGCAUUUGGAGAGCACCAGAGGGCAUGCGAAGGAACGCAUCAGUCAAUUGCAAGUGGUUCUAAAGGAAAUGCAGGAGGCUCCGGAGUCCGCCACGGUGAUAUUUGCAGGAGACACAAAUUUAAGGGAUCAAGAAGUUACCAAAUGUGGAGGUUUACCUGAAAAUAUUUUGGAUGUCUGGGAGUUUUUGGGCAAACCCAAGCAUUGCCAAUAUACAUGGGACACACAAAUGAACUCUAAUCUAGGAAUACCCGCCAAUUAUAAGCUUCGAUUUGAUAGAAUAUUUUUCAGAGCAGCAGCUAAAGGGGGCCACAUUAUUCCUCAAAGUCUGGACUUGCUUGGGCUGGAAAAGUUGGACUGUGGCCGAUUUCCUAGUGACCACUGGGGCCUGCUGUGCAUUUUAGAUGUAAUAUUGUGAAAUGCUUUUCAAGUGUGAGUUCUAAAUGUAUUGUGUGGUUUUGUUAAGGAUCUUUGCAAAAAUAAUUUAUACUGUCUGGAAAGGUAGCUGUAAUGUGGAGGCGUUAACAUACUGGAUCAUUGUAAUAGAAUUCUUUAAAGACUGGUUUUAUUUUGUGAAUUGUGUUCUCAGGUUUCAGAACUAAAUUAGUGUCUACUUUAAGGCAUGCCCGUUUUCAGAAUAUGAGUGUUCUUAAUGAAAGACACAAAGCCUACUGGAGCUUUUAGCAGUGCUCCAACUUCAGCUGCACUCCAAGUGGGGCCAAGGGUCUCCAGGCAAGUCUUUACACUUGGUUUGCUUUUAUCAACCAAGGACCCUCAUCGGCAAUGUUGCAAAUAAGUCUUCAAAAUAAAUUUCUUUUGUCCCAAUGUCAUGGAGAAUUUCUGACUACUUGGGAGUAUGUAUUUUAAUUAUAUUUGACAAACUCAGAUGAUCCUAAAAGUGCAUGGUCAGCUCUUGAGAGCAGUUUUACAUCAGACUUGAUGCCUGCCCACUGGCUCACAGUUCAUCCUAGGUUAGCUGUUGAUGAAACCUUCCACUUUAAAAUCCCAUGUGUUUGUUUAUUUAGGUUUAUAGUUUUCUCAUCUGCAGAGGCAGAGUUGGCCUUGAGAAUGACUAAAUUCAGUGUCAUUGGGGCAGGAGACUUUUUUUUUGUUUGUUUUUUGGCAUGAGACUUUAAGAGAAAAAUAAGUGUGUAAAGAAAAAAAAUAGCCUUUUCGUUUUGCUACGUGUAAAAUCGAAUUAUUUUGCAAGAGAUGAAUAAUAGGUACUUUUAGAUGAGUUUUACAAAAUCAAGCAUUCCUGCCAGGGAAACUUACUUUAAAUAAAUACUUUUACUUAUUUGUGGCCUAUCUUAGUAAGUUUUUCUGCCUUGUGAAAUUAAAGUUUUUGCUUCCUGUUUUUUGACUCCCCUGUAGCUGUGCAGAAAAAAACAGGUUUCCAUGUGGCUCUCCCUCUGUCAAGAAAUAUGUUGGUUUCUUCAGUGUAUAAAAAGGAGACCGUGGGAAUGAGUAGAAUGAAAAGUGUCAAAAUUAAUCACUAAAACAUGUAAAAGAAACAAGUUAAAUAGUGGCAAUGAAAAGAAAUUUUGUCUGUUGUUUUAAUCAUUAAAUAUAAGCAAGCAUUAUUGCUAACACAUUGGUAGCAUACAUUAGGAAGAUAAUAAAAUACUCAGUGGUUGAUCAGA